AUGGCAUCAACCACUAAAGGGAAGUCAGUAAGAAAGACUGACUUUGCAUUGGACAGGUCAAAGAGUUUGUCAUUUGAUUGGACAGAAUUUGAGAGGGUAUUUGCAUCAGGCAGGAUUCGAGCGCUUGGUGAGUUUCUUAUCAGAAAUCUCGAAGAUCAUCGCAAAACAUCUGAACGUGAUGUUCGCAGCAAGGUGCUCGACUUUCACCAUCCACAUCAGCUGCGAGAGCAAAUGGAUCAUUGACUUUAUGUUGACGAGAAGCCACGAGAUUUGGAGCAAGUACUGAGUGACUGUAAAGAAACGUUGAAGUAUUGCGUUAAAACUGCCCAUCCAAGAUUUCUGAACCAAUUAUCAACUGGUAUUGACAUAAUUGGUCUUUCCGCUGAAUGGGUCACCGCCGCUGCUAAUACUAACAUGUUCACCUAUGAAAUGGCUCCAGUGUUUACCCUUAUGGAGGAAGUGAUUCUUGUGCGCAUGCGUCGAUUUAUUGGUUGGACGGAUGGUGAUGAAAUAUUUGCUCCAGGUGGCGCCAUUUCCAACCUAUAUGCUAUGCUAGCUGCUCGACACGCAGCAAAUCCAAAUAUUAAAGAGAAAGGAAUGGCGAAUGGUUUACAGUUUGCAGUCUUUACGUCUGUACAGAGUCAUUUUUCUGUCAAGAAAGCGGCAAUUCUCCUCGGAAUAGGUCUUAAUAAUGUUUACAGUAUUCCCGCCGAUGAAAGAGGCAGAAUGCGAAGUGUUGAUCUUGAAACAGCAAUACGGCGCUCUGUAGAGCACCGUAUGGUGCCACUCAUGGUAAAUGCAAGUGGUACAACCGUUCUGGGUACGUUUGAUCCCGUGAACGCCAUUGCUGAUGUUUGCGAGCGCUAUGGAGUAUGGCUUCACGUUGACGGAGCAUGGGGAGGGAGCGUUCUGUUUUCCGAGAAAUACAGACAUCUUCUACAAGAUAUAUACAGGGCGGAUUCGAUGACAUGGAACCCCCAUAAAAUGAUGGGUGUCCCAUUACAAUGCUCGGCAAUUUUCUUAAAGAAAAAG